ACACCGCGGCCAUUGUUUGCGGCGUCCUUAGAUACGCCCAAUACCGUUUGUAAGGUGCGUUUAAAACUCGGUGCCACCUUGAAGACACGAAACUAAAGGCAGUGAACCGACAGCUGGGAAGCGUUGCUGAUAUACUAUCAACAGUGCUGCUUUAGCUCAAGUGUUUUUCACUUUGUUCUUGAAGUUCGUGCUGCGUUGUCAGGAUUGAACUAGUUUUAGAAUUGGAACGUGAGUUAACACUGAAUACUUUAUCACUUUAUGAAUGGUUAAUCUUUAAAGCAUGCUCUGACAUUAUUUAAAGUUGGACUAAAUGUUAUGGUCAAUAUAGUCUGAAAAUAAGAUCUGAAAAUAAAUAUUUUGCCGUAACCGUGUAAUGAACUAAUAAUUAUUUAAACAAAUGCCAAUCAAACAUUGUUAUUGUUAUAAUUAUUGUCAUUAUUGCUGUGGAUAUUAUUGUUGUUAUUAUUGUUGCUGUUAUUACUGUCAUUAUUAUCGUUAUUAUUGUUGGGGUUAUUUUUGUUAUUGUUGGUGUUAUUAUUAUUGUUGUUAUUUUAUUGUUGUAAUUGUUUUUGUUAUUAUUGUUAUUAUUUUAUUAGUAGUAUUAUUAUGUUCAUUGUUAUCGUUAUAACUGGUAUAAGUUUUCUUUUUGUAGCUGUAGUUGUUUGUGCACAUUUUAAUGGCGCCAAUAGCUGACGUGCAUUGCUCGGCUUCUACUAAAAGGCGAUCUGCAACAUAUCACUCAUCUAACCUAUCAGACACUCAUCAAAUAUAUCACUCAUCCAAAAUAUCACACGCCUAAUUUAUCACUCAUCCAACGUAUCACUCAUCUAACGUAUCACUCAUCUACCAUAUCCCUCAUCUAACAUGCAUGAUGUGUAUUGUGUGUGGCUGUAAGGAGGAAAAGACUUUUAGGACUGCUCUGAAAUUUUUAAAGAAACCAACAACGUUCUCUUAUUAUUGCAGAGGUUUUAAUUCUAAGGACUUAGGUCACGUUUCAUCGUUAAGUCGGUGUGACUUCAUGGAGUAACGCAAGGAUUACCACCGACCAGGUAGUGACCACAGGUCAGGACAAUUAUCGACCAGGUAGUGACCACAGGUCAGUGCAAUCAUCGACCAGGUAGUGACCACAGGUCAGUGCAAUCAUUGGCCAGAUAGUGACCAAAGGUCAGUACAAUUAUCAACCAGGUAGUGCCCACAGGUCAGUGCAAUCAUCGACCAGGUAGUGACUACAGGUCAGUGCAAUCAUUGGCCAGGUAGUGACUACAGGUCAGUACAAUCGCUGAUCAGGUAGUGCCCACAGGUCAGUACAAUCGCUGACCAGGUGGUGCCCACAGGUCAGUACAAUCGCUGACCAGGUAGUGCCCACAGGUCAGUACAAUCGCUGACCAGGUAGUGACCACAGGUCAGUACAAUCGCUGACCAGGUAGUGCCCACAGGUCAGUACAAUCACUGACCAGGUAGUGACCACAGGUCAGUGCAAUCGCUGACCAGGUAGUGCCCACAGGUCAGUACAAUCGCUGACCAGGUAGUGACCACAGGUCAGUGCAAUCAUUGACACGCACGUAACGCAAAAACUAAGUCGAACUCUAACGCAUAUUCAAACACACGAAAACGAACACUAACUCAAACACUAACUCAAACACUAACUCAAACACUAACUCAAACACUAACUCAAACACUAACUCAAACACUAACUCAAACACUAACUCAAACACUAACUCAAACACUAACUCAAACACUAACUCAAACACUAACUCAAACACUAACUCAAACACUCACUCAAACACUAACUCAAACACUCACUCAAACACUCACUCAAACACUAACUCAAACACUAACUCAAACACUAACUCAAACACUAACUCAAACACUAACUCAAACACUCACUCAAACACUAACUCAAACACUAACUCAAACACUAACUCAAACACUAACUCAAACACUAACACUCAAUUCCCCAAUAAACGGGUGCCGCUUUGCGAACGUGGUAAUAAUACAAAUUAAAUUACUACGCAUGUUAAUAUCUGUCUCAAAAGUUCGGCAUGUAACAAUCACAUAGGUCAUAGACCUACACAUCUAUCCAUAGGUCACAUGUUGUAUACAUCUAUCUUCCCUUUCAUAGUUUCUAUUCGAGCCGCUCUCACGAAGAGCCUACAGCUGGAUCAAAUGGCAUUAAGCUAGAUCAAAGGGCAUUAAGCUAGAUCAAAGAGCAUACAGCUAGAACAAAGGGCCUACAACUAGAUCAAAAGGCCUACAGCUAGAUCAAAGGGCCUGUAGCUAUUUCAAAUCACCUACAGUUAGAUCAAAAGCAUGCAGCUAGAUCGAAGGGCCUGCAGCUAUAUCAAAGGGGCUACAGCUAGAUCAAAGGGCCUAUAACUAUUUCAAAUCACCUACAGUUAGAUCAAAAGCAUGCAGCUAGAUCAAAGGGCCUAAAGGUAGAUCAAAUGGUCUACAACUAGAUCAAAUGGUCUACAACUAGAUCAAAUGGCCUACAGCUAGAUCAAAUGGCCUACAACUUGAUCAAAGGGCCCACAACCAGAUCAAAUGGCCUACAACUAGAUCAAGGGGUCUACAACUAGAUCAAAAGGCCUACAGCUAGAUCAAAUGGCCUAAAACUUGAUCAAAGGGCCCACAACCAGAUCAAAGGGCCCAGCACAUUCAAAUAGAGCAAUAAGCACGCUCUCCCCACUAUAAGACAAUUUCUCUCUACACAUUAGAUGCUAGCACCUCUAGCUGUGCUUCACUACGGGCAAAAAGUGGGUGGGUACAUUCAAAACAUGUGUAGUUUGAGCUGUAUCAUCUCCAUUGAACUGAGUCAGUGGACGAACACAGUGAGGAAACAGCUAACUACGGUAGUGAACGUUUGUAGGUUGUGUGUGCGGGUGUGAGUGAAAAAAAGGAAGGGGGGGGGGGGUCAGUUAGAAGUGGCAUCGCAAGUCCUCCUUAAUAAUUUUGUAUUUAUGGCACACAAAAUAUUAUUAUACUACAAUCCUUUAGGUCAAAACAUAUUAUUAUACCGCAAUCCUUCUAUGUCACAACAUAUAUUAUUAUACAACAAUCCUGUAGUCUCAUAGGUAAUUGUCUUCGUGUUCAAUAAUUUCAAAGUAUUUACAAAAUUCAAACCAAACCGCAUAUGAUGAUAAUAUGAUCUCCUUAUUCUUCUGUUCCCCAUUUCCGGCCAGUCUUUAAUCUUCUAGCUCCUUAAUCUCUUUUACCCAACCCAUUGACCACUGGGCUAUCACAUGACCCUCACUCAUUGACCACUGAGCUAUCACAUGGCCCUCACCCAUUGACCAUUGAGCUAUCACAUGACCCUCACACAUUGACCACUGAGCUAUCACAUGACCCGCAUACAUUGACCACUGAGCUAUUACAUGACCCUCACCCAUUGACCACUGAGCUUUCUCAUGACCCGCACACAUUGACCACUGAGCUAUCACAUGACCCGCACACAUUGACCACUGAGCUAUUACAUGACCCUCACCCAUUGACCACUGAGCUAUCACAUGACCCGCACACAUUGACCACUGAGCUAUCACAUGACCCGCACACAUUGACCACUGAGCUAUCACAUGACCCGCACCCAUUGACCACUGAGCUAUCACAUGACCCGCACACAUUGACCACUGAGCUAUCACAUGACCCUCACACAUUGACCACUGAGCUAUCACAUGACCCGCACACAUUGACCACUGAGCUAUCACAUGACCCUCACACAUUGACCACUGAGCUAUCACAUGACCCGCACACAUUGACCACUGAGCUAUCACAUGACCCUCACCCAUUGACCACUGAGCUAUCACAUGACCCGCACACAUUGACCACUGAGCUAUCACAUGACCCGCACACAUUGACCACUGAGCUAUCACAUGACCCGCACACAUUGCAUACCGAGCUAUUACUUGACCCGCACCCAUUGACCACUGAGCUAUCACAUGACAUAAGGCUUCCCCGUCAGACCAUAAUUCUUGAGGUAAACUACACAGUCUUAUCACUAGAACAUUAGCAGUGGCUCUUACCCCAAUGUUUCGAACCCGUUUGUCCUACCCUCCUCCUGAGGAUCAACAAAGAUUUUAUGUCAUUCUAGUCCCCACCCCUCCCCCCACCCCUUGCCCGAUUGAAGAGCUUAUAAAGAGGUCUCCAUGAUGACAAAGGGAAAGUUUCAAUUUCGCGACCUAUUUAGUCUGGGAUAUAUUUAACUCUAUAUAGUCUGUGAUAUAUCAAACUCUAUUAAGUCUGUGGGAUAUAACACUUACAAUAAUUGAAAUAUAUAUUUGUAUUCCAGACAAUAAUAAAGCAAAAAAACUGGUGGUCAAUUAAAAAAAAAGUAUUUUAACAUACCCCCCCCCCCCAAAUUUUAUUUAAAAUCAUAAUGGCAGUUCAUAUCUCAGAAAUUAAAUUGAAUACCGCCACUCCAAUUUCUCAAUUUAUCUUUAAAUUGCCUUACGUCGUUGGAAAAACCGCCAAAACUCACCCCACUGACCGUCUAUAUACCAUCCCAUUGAUCUUCUGUGAGCCAUCCCAUAUGAUCUUCUAUAAACCAUGCCAUAUGGUCUUCUAUACGCCAUCCCAAUGAUCUUCUAUAUACCAUCCCAUUCAUUUUCUAUAUACAAUGCCAAAUGAUCUUAUAUAAGCCAUCACAUAUAAUCUUCUAUAUACCAUCCCAUUCAUUUUCUAUAUACAAUGCCAAAUGAUCUUAUAUAAGCCAUCACAUAUGAUCUUCUACAUAUCAUGCCAUAUGAUCUUCUAUAAGCCAUCCCAAUGAUCUUCUAUACGCCAUCCCAAUGAUCUUCAAUAUACCAUCCUAUUCAUCUUCUAUGUACCAUCCAUAUGAUCUUCUAUAAGACAUCCCACUGACCUUCUAUAUACCAUUCCACCGACCUUCUAUAUACCAUCCCAUUGAUCUUAUAUAAGCCAUCCCAUAUGAUCUUCUAUAUACCAUGCCAUACGGUCUUUUAUAAGCAACAUAUUGAUGUCCCAAUGAUGUUCUAUAUACCAUCCCAUUCAUCUUCUAUAUACCAUGCCAUAUGAUCUUCUAUAAGCUAACUCACUGACCUUCUAUAUACCAUCCCAUUGACCUUUUAUAUACCAUGCAAUAUGGUCUUCUGUAAGCCAUCCCAUUGAUCUUCUAUAUACCAUCCCAUUCAUCUUCUACAUACCAUGCCAUAUGAUCGUCUACAAGCCAUCCCAUAUGAUCUUCUAUAAGCCAUCCCAUAUGAUCUUCUAUAAGCCAUCCCAUAUGAUCUUCUAUAAGCCAUCCCAUUCAUCUUCUGUAAGCCAUCCUAUUUAUCUUCUAUAUACCAUCCCAUAUGAUCUUCUAUACACCGUAACUUCUACAAGAGGCUUUGAUUCCCCACGUCUACCUUAAACCCGCCUAGACAGAGACACCUUGUUCCUCCCAUGAUAUAGUCUCACUUAAUCAAUAUAAUUACCACUUAUAAUUUACCAUUGUUUCAUUUGCUCAACCUCGGUACCUGUAAACAAAUGUAAGAUACACACCAUCAAAAUUUAAAAAAAAAAAAAAAAAAAAAAAUUUUAUAAAUUUUAAAAAAAAAAAAAUUAAAAAAAGCAAUGGUAGCCAAGUAUCAAAGUUACUGUUAAUUUAUAACAAUCUAAAAAAAAGCUGCACUUAAUGCUUAUGCCUCGAUGUCCCUUAAAAGCGGACACCAAUGGAUCUUCAAAAAGUCUCAUUUCCUUUGUUAUUUGUAUUCUGACAACGAAUCAAACCUACUGAAAUCACAUAGAAAUCAAGAUGGGGAGCUCAACAAGUUUUUAAAAUAUUUUUUACCAUUUAAAGAAAUAAUGAUGUCGAGUUCAAACGUCAUAAGGUUUGUCAUUUAUUGGCGGAAAUCUAUUAAUAGAAUAUCCGGGCGUACAGUCUGGCCAAUCUCAUUAAGAUAUUAAUAAAACAUCCUGGUAUUCUGUUGGGCCCAUCUCUCAAAAGCUGUUCGGUCAUCCUACGUUGAUGUGAGACAGCGUAGUGGGUCUCAACCAAGACGAAAACAUGUGAACACUUUAUUUUACGAAAGAUUUUACAAACAAAUUGUGACCACUAUACAUGUAUGCGGAAAUACAUUGUCAGAAGCUACGUUUUACGAAAAAAUUGUCUAAAAAUAGUAACAUUACGUAAUGCGAUGAGACGUUUUCCCGUCUAGCCCUGCAUGACUAUCCCGAGCCAUUGUUGCAAUCUGCCCCCCCCCCCCUUUUCCCUCCCACGAGGCCAACUCUAAAAUUUUGUAUUCAAAUAUUUGAGCUAUCGUAUUGAAAUCUGCUUCUCGGAGAUCAAAUGUUUGAAGUUUCUUGGCUGAUUGAAAACGCCGCUGUUCUGAUAAAAAGAAAUAAAGAAGACCCACCUCCCUUCCUCCCCCCCCCCCAUAGGAGCCCCAGGCUGUUGUUGAGAAGUUGAGACCGUAAUGCCGCAGCCGAAUUGAUUUCUAGAUACGUUUGUUCCAGCCCGUCAUCUGAGGAAGUGUUACGUGGUGGCAGAGUGGAACGUGUGCCCUGUAUGAUAUACAGGUGUUGUGUCCAUGUCACAUUUAUCCUGUAUGAUAUAUAGGUGUUAUGCCCAUGUCACAUUUGUCCUGUAUGAUAUUCAGGUGUUAUGUCCAUGUCACAUUUGUCCUGUAUAAUAUAAUUUAUGUGUUGUAUCCAUGUCACAUUUGUCCUGUCUAGGUGUAAUAUCCAUGUCCCAUUUUUCCUGUAAAAUAUAUAUGUUAUCUAUAUAAUAUGUAGGUGUUAUAUCAAAGUCACUUUUGUCCUGUAAAAUAUAUAGGUGUUCCUAUCUAAGUCAAAUUUGUCCUGUAUAAGUGUAUUACAUCCAUGUCACACCUUUUUGUCCAAAAGGGUGUUUGGUGAUAUAAAAUGUCCUUUAAUCUGACUUACGGUGAAUCCAGUGGUUGAUUAUUAUUUAUUUUUUAAAGAUGUAGAUGAUUAUGAUGGAUUAUAUUUCCUAGUUGUGCCGAUGUUGAAAGUGGCGUCUGUGAUUCAAUAUUAAGUCAUCCUGACCAACAUCCUUUGAGCAUCAUAAUGGCAGAUGUCUGUGUUGUUUGGUUUUGACAUCACAUUCACAAGCUUAGGACCAAACCAAAGGGUAUCACGGGCAACUUGGUUAGAGAUUAAACUUUUCACGGGCAAAUUGUUUAGAGAUUAAACUUUUCACGGACAACUUGGUUAGAGUUAAAACCUUUCACGGGCAACGUAAUUAGAAAUUAAACAUUUUACGGGCAAAAUUGAUUAGAGAUUAAACCUUUCACUGGGCAACUUGGUUAGAAAUUAAACUUUUUACGGGCAACUUGUUUGGAGAUUAAACCUUUCGCGGGCAACUUGGUUAGAGAUUAAACCUUUCGCGGGCAGCAUGUUGUCGUUACACCUGAUAUUAAAAUAACCACCCACUAAACAAUGUAGAGCAUAAUUUAUAUAUUCUUAAUGUACAUAAUGAAAUGCAAAAUAAUAGUUACAACAACAAAAAAUUAAAGUAAACUAAUGUUAUAUUUGUUUUGUUUUUUUCAAUCAUUCAACUUUUUAAUGCAAUCUCUUUUCUCAGUUGAAUGAAGUCGGAAUAGGUUAUUCGGUGAUGAAUCAGGCAUUCGCGGGCCGUAUUUUUUGACGUCGCAGACUGCGGGUUGCCGCCCCUUGCUUGGGAUAGGCUUGGCCUGCGUGCAGCGUUAAAGUGCUGAAAUUUGAUACAUAGCUUAGUUUUUGAAUCUAGCAAAAUUAGAUAGACUCUUAAUCGAUUUAUUUUGUUAAUAUAUCUUACUAGCCAAUAUACCCGGCGUCGCCUGGAUUUGGAUUGGGAUAAAAUCUUCUUAAGCGUUGAUAGCGUACAUGCAUGGUACUGUCAAAAACAUUUUGCUUAUGUACCAAUCAACAUUUUAAAAAAUUUCCCUUAAAAAAAUCCAGUUAAUAACAAAUCUUAUAAACAUUGAAUUUGGGGCCCUGUUCUUUUCAGUUAAUAUUCAAACUGGGCCAAGGAAAGACAAAAACAAAACAACAAAAUUAUUAAAGACCUAUUCAACUUUAAAAAAAAAAAAAAUGUCUUAUUAAAAAAAAAUAUUUACCGAUGCCAAAGCUAUGCCCGCUUAUCAAUUAAAAUAAAAUACGAUCCCUGAUAGCAACCCAUUCAAAAAAAAGGGGCCAUCUGAGGAACAUCAUAGGGACUUAUAGAAAUAUAAGAAUAUUUUGGAUGCAUAAGGGUGUUUUUAUAAUAACGUAAGGUAAGAUUAAUAAGUGGAAAUGUUUUUUUUUAAUACGCUGUAAAUAGUCAUUUUCAGCACAUAAACAAAUAUUUAUAACCAAGACAAACACAAAUCAUCUAAAGAAUAUUUCUCUAGCGUAAAAGUCAGUCAUAAAUAAACUCAUUUAUUGACAAUAACACUACAUUAGAGAUUAUUUUUAUUUUAUAAUCACCGAGGGAGCACGCUGGUGAAUUCAUACAGACUGCCGAAGAAAAUAAUUUUCUAUAUCUUUCUGUCAUAACUUUUAGAGAAAGAAUUCGCCCUGAUCGAGCUAAUCUUAGGUACCUGUGAUGAAGUGGGUGGGAUGUGAUCUUAGGUGCCUGUGAUGAAGUGGGUGGGACGUGAUCGUAGGUACCUGUGAUGAAGUGGGUGGGAUGUGAUCUUAGGUGCCUGUGAUGAAGUGGGUGGGACGUGAUCGUAGGUACCUGUGAUGAAGUGGGUGGGGUGUGAUCUUAGGUGCCUGUGAUGAAGUGGGUGGGACGUGAUCGUAGGUACCUGUGAUGAAGUGGGUGGGAUGUGAUCUUAGGUGCCUGUGAUGAAGUGGGUGGGAUGUGAUCUUAGGUGCCUGUAAAGAAGUGGGUGGGAAGUGAUCUUAAGUACCUGUGAUGAAGUGAGUGGGAUGUGAUCUUAGGUAUCUGUGAUGAAGUGGGUGGGAUGUGAUCUUAGGUAUCUGUGAUGAAGUGGGUGGGAUGUGAUCUUAAGUACCUGUGAUGAAGUGAGUGGGAUGUGAUCUUAGGUAUCUGUGAUGAAGUGGGUGGGAUGUGAUCUUAGGUACCUGUGAAGAAGUGGGUGGGAAGUGAUCUUAAGUACCUGUGAUGAAGUGAGUGGGAUGUGAUCUUAGGUGCCUGUGAUGAAGUGGGUGGGACGUGAUCGUAGGUACCUGUGAUGAAGUGGGUGGGAUGUGAUCUUAGGUGCCUGUAAAGAAGUGGGUGGGAAGUGAUCUUAAGUACCUGUGAUGAAGUGAGUGGGAUGUGAUCUUAAGUACCUGUGAUGAAGUGGGUGGGAUGUGAUCUUAGGUACCUGUGAUGAAGUGGGUGGGAUUUGAUCUUAGGUGCCUGUGAAGAAGUGGGUGGGAAGUGAUCUUAGGUACCUGUGAUGAAUUGGGUGGGACGUGAUCUUAAGUACCUGUGAUGAAGUGGGUGGGACGUGAUCUUAGGUACCUGUGAUGAAGUGGGUGGGAUGUUAUCUUAGGUACCUGUGAUGAAGUGGGUGGGACGUGAUCUUAGGUACCUGUGAUGAAGUGGGUGGGAUGUGAUCUUAUGUAUCUGUGAUGAAGUGGGUGGGAUGUGAUCUUAGGUAUCUGUGAUGAAGUGGGUGGGAUGUGAUCUUAGGUAUCUGUGAUGAAGUGGGUGGGAUGUGAUCUUAGGUAUCUGUGAUGAAGUGGGUGGGAUGUGAUCUUAGGUAUCUGUGAUGAAGUGGGUGGGAUGUGAUCUUAGGUAUCUGUGAUGAAGUGGGUGGGAUGUGAUCUUAGGUAUCUGUGAUGAAGUGGGUGGGAUGUAUCAUCCGAAUUUGUUUUUUAAAGUUUUAAACAGCAUUUUUCUUCCACUACUUCCUCAAGUGAAGGAUUUUUAGUUCGUGUGAUAUUACUCGCUCUUUUUAUAGUUUAUUUAAUAUGUGUUUGAUGUCAGACAAUGAAAUGGUGACCAAGUUUUUAUCUGUAUCUAUCCAUUCAUUGUCAUUUUAUUUAUGUAUCUCAUAUAAAGGGGGGGGGGGCGAAAUUUAGCCCCCAACUCUAAACGGGGCAAGUUUAAAAAAAUAAAAUAAUUCAAACCAUUUAGUAUUUCCUUCUGGAAAAUGAAGAAUGAUCACUUUGUAUCCGUAGAUUGACCAAGAUCCAUUUAUCUCUAUGUCUAAAAGUACGUGGUGCAAAACAGCAUACAGACAGAUUUUCACCAGUAUUUAGAAAAUGAAUAUGGGUAACAAGGGGGGAUACUGAAAUCAGGUUAUUAGCACAAUAUGAAAUUAGUAAAACAAAGUAAUGUUAAACCUGAGAAAGGAACGCAAUAAAACAACGAACGUGUCGGCAGGUAGCCUUCGUCAGCGAACAAAACAACAGGAAAAACUGAAUAAAACUAAAAUUUAAAAAAAUAGUACCUGAAUAUAAGGCCAGAAAGAUGCACAUUUGAAAUCUUGCUGAGAGAUUUCACAGAUAUUUUGAUUGAUUUAUUUGAGACGUAAAACGAAUUAAAAAAGCACCAUUUAUCUAUCAUUAUUAUUUUAUUAUUAUUGAUGAAUACGGCUUUUUAUGGUGACUUGUACCCAGUGGCGUAGCGAGGGUGUUUGGCGCCCGGGGACAAGAUCCAUUUUUAGCGCCCCUUUUUCUUUUUUUCAACUCUCAAACCCAUUAUUUUCAUCAAUAAAAUAAUAUCAAAGCACAUUUUGGCGCCCCUAACUAGCUNAUGGAAGCUUGUUGCAGUCCCUGACUGUCUUUGGCAGGAAUGAGCCAACUGCAACUGGGGUAUUUAGGCUAUUACAUUUUAGUUUUAAUAAAGCAAUACGUGUUUGGAAGCGCACCGUUCUGAAUCAAGGAUUAGUUUAAAAAAAAACAACUAGCUAUCGUCUGCCAUGGCGCCCGCAGUGCGUGACCUUCCCAUCUGCUAAAGUCACUGCACAAAACAUGCAUUCAAGUAACGCACUUUAUAAGCUUAAAUGCUCCCUUUUCCUCUUCUAUGUUAUAUUUAGGACCCGCGAUCAAUUUAUUGAUCAUUCUGGCUCCUAUGUAUGUAGAGGGGAUUUGCAAUGUUUCUGUGCCUGGUGUUGAAGAGGAUAUUUAUGGAAGCUUGUUGCAGUCCCUGACUGUCUUUGGCAGGAAUGAGCCAACUGCAACUGGGGUAUUUAGGCUAUUACAUUUUAGUUUUAAUAAAGCAAUACGUGUUUGGAAGCGCACCGUUCUGAAUCAAGGAUUAGUUUAAAAAAAAACAACUAGCUAUCGUCUGCCAUGGCGCCCGCAGUGCGUGACCUUCCCAUCUGCUAAAGUCACUGCACAAAACAUGCAUUCAAGUAACGCACUUUAUAAGCUUAAAUGCUCCCUUUUCCUCUUCUAUGUUAUAUUUAGGACCCGCGAUCAAUUUAUUGAUCAUUCUGGCUCCUAUGUAUGUAGAGGGGAUUUGCAAUGUUUCUGUGCCUGGUGUUGAAGAGGAUAUUUAUGGAAGCUUGUUGCAGUCCCUGACUGUCUUUGGCAGGAAUGAGCCAACUGCAACUGGGGUAUUUAGGCUAUUACAUUUUAGUUUUAAUAAAGCAAUACGUGUUUGGAAGCGCACCGUUCUGAAUCAAGGAUUAGUUUAAAAAAAAACAACUAGCUAUCGUCUGCCAUGGCGCCCGCAGUGCGUGACCUUCCCAUCUGCUAAAGUCACUGCACAAAACAUGCAUUCAAGUAACGCACUUUAUAAGCUUAAAUGCUCCCUUUUCCUCUUCUAUGUUAUAUUUAGGACCCGCGAUCAAUUUAUUGAUCAUUCUGGCUCCUAUGUAUGUAGAGGGGAUUUGCAAUGUUUCUGUGCCUGGUGUUGAAGAGGAUAUUUAUGGAAGCUUGUUGCAGUCCCUGACUGUCUUUGGCAGGAAUGAGCCAACUGCAACUGGGGUAUUUAGGCUAUUACAUUUAGCCUCGUACAAUACGUUUACUUCGACAGAUAAAGACUUGUAUGGAGAUCAAUGUACUUUUUAAUAUUAAUUUUUUAUUCAUAUUUUUUAGGGACGUAACUGCUAUGCGAAGCACCUUUUUAAAAAGAAAUUUGAAGUAGGCCUACAGCCUUAUUUUCAGCGUUCUUUUAGAGUGGCUUUUCAGAUAUAGGGAUACGCCUAGGGGCUUAGUGGCACCAUUGUGAUUUAAGGGGAGUUAAUCCUCUCUGAAGAUUGUGCGAGUAUAAUAUGAGAUAUUAAUCUCUCACUCCCCUUCUCUCUCUCUGCCCCCCCCCCUCUCUCUCUCUGUAUAUAUUUUUCUCUCUAUCUCCCCGUCUGUCCCUCUGCCCCUGUUUCUCUCGCUCGCUCUCCGGACUCUCUAUCACUCACACGCAAACGCAGACCAUGAUAACGUUGCCUAAAUUUAAAAAAAAAACUAAAAUAAUAAAACAUUUAAAAUAAGCCUGUCAUAAAAUUAACUAGUCUUAGGGUGGAUAUUCCACUAUUUAUAAAAUUGUUUUUGAAAUCCAGUAUAAAUAAAGAAAACGAAGCCCAUUCAUUACAACUGUGGAUCAUUAAACUGUUAUUGAGUUAAAACAUAUGGCAUAUAAUAUGGUCUAGUAAUUGACUUCUUGUUCCCAUUUAUAGAUAAUUAGACUUCUAUUUGUCACACUUUGACGUCGAUUUGAAAGAAUCGCGACCACUGCCUCUGGCUAUAACAGCCGCUGCGUUGCGUGCGACUGUUAAUGGAUUUUCUAUUUUAGAGUGAAGUAUAAUAGGCCUACUCAACUCUUAAUUAAUCGAUAUUUAACGAGCGAAUCAAUUUUUGGGUGUGUUAAUCUAGAAAUCUCUACUAUAAGAAAACAAUUUGUUUAUAGCAACGAAUAACAAAUAACGAUGACUUGUACUUUGUCGUUAAAGAACUAUCUAAAAAUAAACAGAUGGGCCUAGCUACCAGGCAUUUCAAAUAAUUAAGCCAGUGAAAACGUGAAUACCCAUUUAAACUAUUGCAGCCAUGGCAUAUUCUACCUGUGCUAAAAUAAAAGGAGUAUGUAAAUUAAAUAUUGAGAUAGUCUAUCCCUGAGCUGUAUACUGUAUGAACUGUAUGAGUAUGAUAUGGAAGACACUGCACCUAUGUAUUAUUAUUAUAUAUUGCCUGUGUAGGCCUAUAUCUUUAAAAACUGAUUUCUAAAAAAAAAUGUAUCCAUACAGUACCUGCGCUCUUCAACACAGUCCUUACUGAAAGUUCCUGGUGUGGAUGGAAUCAGAUAGAAGUCAUUUGGGGUGCGCUCUUUUGAAGCUAUUGCACCUAAAUUGUGGAACAGUUUGCCUCAAUUUUUGGGUUACACGUAUUUGAAAAUGAUAAAAAGUCAUUUAAGAACCAUUUAAAGACAUUUUUCUUUAAAUAGAUUUAGGGCAUCAAAGCGCUGUGAGCAUGCCAAAAUAGCAUGGACACAAGUGGCUCACAAUAUUGGCCUGAGGUUUCAAAUUCAAGGCCAAUCAAAGCUAGGUCAAAAUAAAUGAUACUAAAUUUUGACUAAAUAAUAAAAUAAAUACUAAAUAAAUAAUUUGCUAACUUAAAACUAUAUGCGAUACUAUUAUAAAUUUAGGGAUUUAGCCUACUAAAUAAUUUUUUUUAUUCCAACGUACAGGGCACACAGGGAAAAAGCCUGAUUUUAUUAUCUCCUCUCCCCCAAAAAGUAUAUAUACAUUAAUACACAUAUUUUGCAUGGAAAAUUACAAGUUUGGUAUCAUUUCGCACUACCCCCAAACUAACAGUGCAUGUAACCUAAGCCAAGACGUAUGGAGAUGUCAACAUGAACAAUUUAUAAUAUAAUUUAUAAUAUUGUUGUUGAGCCUAAGCUUGAGGCCUAAACACUUUUUAAAUUGUUCAUAAGAAUUUAACCUCAUUCAUCAUCAUUCCUUCAAUGGCUAACAUCUACUGUAAAAGCUUACGGGGCUACUUACUGAACAGGCCAAUAAAUAAUAAUUAAACAUUUGAACACAGCCUUUCAAUUUCACCCAACUUUGCACGCACAGUGCUCUGAGAUUGAUACCCUACCUGAGUGGAACAAAUACAGUGUCAAAUAUCAUCAAUAAAUGAAUACUCUGAUUCUGAUUGAGCCCUUUUGAAAAUUUUAAUGUGUUUAUGAAUGGGAGUUUAAAAAUGUCCAACUUAAUGAACAUUAUUAAAUAUCUUAACUGAAGUUUCAUGUUCACAUGUUUUUGUCAGGUCAUACUUGUUACUAUGAAAAUUGCUAGAAAUAAGCAAGCUUUAAAUCUGUAUUGAAAUGAAACUAAUUUUGCUGGUAAAACAGUUUUGAUAAAGACCCACCAGGAUCAGGCAAAGUAAACAGGCAAGAAUAUGUUAAAGAUGCCAAAGUUUUAAUUGUAAAGCAAGCAUAUAUUCUUUUUUACCUCAUGAUUAUUGCCUUUUGUUUUCAGAUCUAUUCUUAUCAUGAAGGAAACAACCUAUGGAUGGUACCCGUCAGUCCAUGACAUAUAUAGGCCAAAGGGACGACCAUCAUCUUAUCGUAAGCCCUCGCCAAUAUUUAUAUGCUGUUUAAUAACAUGAUCAAGUUUUUUUUAGUUUUUUUAUUAAGAACUGUUCAGUCUACAACCAUAAUUAAACUGUCUACAAUUAAAAAAAUAAUUAAAAUUUAUGUUAAGGAAAAUACUAUGCUUGCAAAAACUUUUGAAAUCUUAAUAACAAAAAACCUUCCUUGACGAACAUAUAUAGUUAGAAUGCACUGGCAGUAAGGCAGCUUCUCUGAAUGGGCCCAUUUGAUUCUAACUUUAUAAUUUUUAGCUACUUCACUGUUUUUUCACUGAAAUUGAUUUUGAGCUGACAUAUUUUUGUCACCUUUCACAAAACUUUUUAAUUGCAUUCAUUCAUGAUGUCAUCAAAAGGUGGCAGCAUCAUAUUUUUACUGCUUUUUGAAGACUUUUGACUUUGAACUUACCCACCAGUGGAAUAAUGUUUGCCUUGUUUUUAUCUGAUAAAUAUAUAAAUGACUCUGCAUUUUAUUUUAAUGAAGUAAGAAUGUAGUCAAACUCUUCUCAGUCUGUACUGUAUAUACCUGUACUAUUAUUCAGCAUUAAAAAAAAUUGAGUCGUGUCCUCUAUAUUCCUGCAAUUGCAUCACAAAAAGAAACUUCUCCUUCCCAUGCAGAAAACAAAUUACCCUUGCAUGCAAACACUCACACUAAAGUAUCAGCAAGUUCAAACCAGGUGUGACUACUUCAUGCAUGUUUACCUUCACAUUCCAAAAAAUUGAAAAGAAAUUGUGUUCCUUAUUAGUAUUAUUAUUGCUGUUGCAGACCUGGACUGUCUUUACCAAUAUGAAAACUCAAUGUACUACCAAGAUAAGGCUGCCCCACCCAAGCCUGAGCUGAUGGUCAGGGGUGUUUCCAGCAGAUCAUCAUCUCCAACCCCACAGGAUUUAAAGUUAGUACUUUUCAAUGUUUAAAUACACAAAACUAUUGACUCCUUUAGUAAAAUCUAUAUGAUUCCCUAUUCAAAUUGGAGAUCAUGUCAUUUAAUUUCUAAUUCACAUAAUCGUUCAGGAUGAAUUACAAAAAUACAUGUACAACUGAUCAGCAUCUGAUUAUCUUUAAUAUUUUCAUUUAAAUAUAAAUAUGUAUAUUUUUAACUGCCUCUACAAAAUAUUAAGUAAAAACCCAUUUCAAUAAUUUGGUUGCAGUGUGCAUUCUACUAAUGAUGAAAUCAGCAAGACCGUACUAUCAUCACAGUGAUUAUACAUUUAAAAAAAAAUGUAACAUGUUAUUAAAGUAAAUAAUUCAAUUAUAAUCAUUAAUCUAAAAACUCUAGGAAACAAUUAUUUUUGCAUGUAUCAUAUUGCAUAAUAUUUGUGUUGCUAACUGUUUGACCAGGAGGAGAGCUAAGUCAGUUCCUGUGCCUAAAUUUAACCCAACUCCAAAACUUCACAUCCCCACCCCUGCCGAGUGUUGGUCUACACACAAGUCACCACAUGAGACGCAAUGGGCUGUGGCUGGGGAUAACUUGUCCUUCUCCCCUGCUCCACCAUCAGAAGUUACCUGGCCACUGGCUCAAGAUAAGCAACAACAACUCUUGAAGCAGCAGCAGGACAAGUAUUGCUAUGAGAAACAACAAUCUUCUCAACAAGCCUGGGGUGAGUCUUAGUUGACUGGAAGCCUGGGGUGUGUCUUAGUUGACUGGAAUUAAAAGCUAUUAUUUCAUUGCUGAAAAUAAGAAAGCUUUACUAUAUCAUGUAAAUCUGUUACACAUCAGUCAGAUUCCAAAUCCCAUGUUUCAUUAUAUAUUUUUCUAAACUUCCACUCCCCCAAUCGGAACAAUGCCUAUUUCUUGAUAACAUUACUAUAAAAAGUCUCAAAAUCAAAAUAAAAUGUCACAACAUGUUUAAUCCUAUUCAUUUUUUGGCAUUUCAAAAAUUAAACAUCUCAAAAUGAGUUAAAUUUAUCUCUUAGUUAGGGGGAGAGAGUGUAACAUAACUCUAUUUUAAAAAAUACAAAUAAGGUGAGCUCUCAUUCAAAUUGUUUGGUCUGUACACAUUAACAACAUUUCACAGACAACAAGCAUUUCCUGUUCUCUUAGAGUUCUACUGCCUUAUUACAGUUGGCAUGUUCUCCUCAUUCUCUCGGACCUGGCCUAAUAUCUCAAUGACACUGCCAUCCACUUUAUUUAUAGACUCAAGGAGAUCUUUUGAUGCUCCACAUUCCCAGCCAUCUGCUGCUCUAGGAUGGCCACCUGCCUACAAAGCUGGUCCUGUGCAACCUUUCAGUUCAUAUUUUUCUCAGGUGAGGGACAUUACUGUGAUUAUAUACUACUCAUAAUAAAUAAGUCAUGUUGCCAGUUAAGAAAAUUAAACACAGUCAUCUGCUUCAUAUUUCCUUUAUUUCAAUAAUAUGAUAAUUACUAUGUAUACAAGUGUUCUGGGUUGUAUGAUUGACCAAAGAGGCAAGUAAAUUAUAAAUUUCAAGUUGUUUCCUAUUCAUUAAAACUAAAAUCACUUCUCCAUACUUUGACUGAUGCAUAAACUUAAGGCCAGGGGCGGUCUUCAGGACAAGAAGACUUUCCAUCCAUGGUUUAAGCAAGCUUUUCUUUCCCAUCUCCUUGCAGGUUUAGUCUGUUAAAAGUUUUUGUGAAGGUUUCUCUGUUAUUUGAUCAGAUGCUCGACUUUGCCCUAUUAAAAAAAUAGUUAUCAAUAGGACCCACUGUGUAAAUUUAAAAACAAUGUUCAUACAAAACAUGUCAUGACAGUAAAUCAUUUUAAGAAUCAUUUUCUAUUAAUGUCUCUUUGUCUUUAAAGGAUCAUUUCUUGUUCAUAAAAAACAACUCAAUUAAAUUUCUAAAACUGAAAGAUAAAAAUGUUGUUUUCUCAGAAUGGGCAGGUCAAGCCACGGCCUCCGUCUUCCCUGGCCAAGUCACCAGGUCUAUCGCUUCACACAGCCCCAACACCACCAGCAUGUGGAAAGUAUAGUUCUGCCUCAAAGAGACCAUCAAGGUAGCAUGAACAAAUACCUGCUUUACAUAAGUGAUUUUACAAACGAUAGAAUUUCAUAAAUUAGUGAAUUUUUUUUCAGGUGAGGUGCUUGUAUGCAGUUAAUCUAUGUAUUUGUAAGAGCAUAUUUUAGCACUGAUUGCCAAAAAUGUGAUUUAUUUUAGCACUGAUUGCCAAUAAUGUGAUGUAUUUUAGCACUGAUUGCCAAUAAUGUGAUGUAUUUUAGCACUGAUUGCCAAUAAUGUGAUGUAUUUUAGCACUGAUUGCCAAUAGUGUGAUGUAUUUUAGCACUGAUUGCCGAUAAUGUGAUGUAUUUUAGCACUGAUUUCCGAUAAUGUGAUCGAAAUUUUUUUUUUAAUAAAGAAGAUUGACUUUUUACUUUUACAACGGAAGCAUCAUAUUUUAUUUGGAUUAACCCCAAGAUUUUGUGUAAGGGUUAUAAACUACUGUAUGAUAGUUCAUCUGUGGGAGGUCAACAAUGACCAUUGUAAACACCAAGGUCUUGUCAAAAAAGGACACAUUUGAUGAACUCUAUGAGAAAGUAUGCAAUGAACCUCUGGUCAAAGUCUCAAAUAGUUUUUAAGAUAUUAUUCUUUUCAUGAAAUUUUAGAAUACAAAGUGCCACAGUGCGCAGGGAAAAGACUCCUCUUCCUCCUCGGCCUGUUACUGCUGGGCCUGGACGGCAGACAGCUGGAGAUCCUGGGCAGGGCCAUACAGCACUCAAACCGGUAAUUACUCAUAAAAUUUAAUGCCAGCCCCAUUGGCACUAGAUAAUGUUUUACUUUCAAGCUGAUGAAAGGUCAAUAGUUCAUGACUGAUCAGACCACAUAUGAGGGGGGGGGGGGCAUGGAUAGGUAUCAUGGAUGGAUUUUUCCAAGAAGGUUGCCAUACAAGUGACAGUGACCCUUUCAUAUUCUUUCUAUUUUUAGUUGUCCCUGCCACAAACACUUGAUGACCCAAAUGUUGACAUAAGACCGGAAACACAACCACCAGCUCCUUAUGUUUAUGAUGUCAACGUGAUCUGCAGCGAUGACAACCAAGACAGUCAAGUCUUGCCCAGACCAGUGAGUCCAGAGGAAGAUGAUUAUGAAACUAUUGUAGAGAAAUAUGGCUGGAGAGCCCAAGUCCAUGGGGACCCUUAUGGACUGAAGUAAGUUUGUAAUGCAUACAUCGUUUUUCGUUACUUCUGAAGGCCACCUGCUACCAUUUGGUUUCGUGACCCCUAUGAUCAAAGUUAAUUUUUUUUCCCCACAUCAAACUUUGUUCCCUUUAACUAUCCGAGGGGUAGGCGGGGCAUAGUCCCCGGCUCAGCUAUAAAUUACAUGACAUUUAGAGUUUUAAAUAAGUUUGCUUUGCAUACUAAAUUGCUUGAGUCUUGUUAACUUCAUUUGUCAUUUUGUUUUACCCCAAAAAAAUCUCACAAGAUAUCUUUUUGUGAUUAGCUUGGUAGAUAUUUGUUAGGUAAUCCACCAGUCUUGCAAAAAUGUAAUAUUCAAAGAUUCCCAGAGGUUCAUAAUCAAUGUGAAAAUAUUCAGAAGAAUCCUGAUACCAACUUUCUGUCCGCUCUCUGAGGUUGACUAAACAUACGCUGAUGACAAAUAGCAACAACAUCAUCCUCUUUACCUUAGUAAUGACCUCAAUAUUUUUUUCAUUAUUUUCUAAUAUUGGAUAUCUUUUUCUACUUAUAUUUAAAUCUUACUAACUAUGUAGAGAUAUUAGAAGGCAUGGCCGCAUGCAGGGAAAGAAUAGCCAAUACACCCACCCCAGUUAACACCCCGCACUUUCAAUUCACCCCAGGUAACUCUCCACACUUUCAAGGUAACACCCCACACUUUAAAUUCACCCCAGGUAACACUCCACACUUUUAAAUUUACCCCAGGUAACACCCCACUCUCUCACCCCAGAUAACACACUAGGGGAUGAGAUUCCUGGACAUACUUCCUGUGAGAUAUCACAGGUGCCUAAACAUUGUUGGGCUUUAUGUAGACAUUAUAAUAACGCUAUGCUUCUACUUCGGACUUAGAAUGGACAUUACAAAUCCUUGUAAAUUAGACUAUGCUUCUACUUCGGACUUAGAAUGGACAUUACAAUUCCUUGUAUAUUAAACUCUGCUUCUACUUCGGACUUAGAAUGGACAUUACAAAUUCCUUGUAUAUUAGACUAUGCUUCUACUUCGGACUUAGAAUGGACAUUACAAAAUCCUUUUAUAUUAGACUAUGCUUCUACUUCGGACUUAGAAUGGACAUUACAAAUUCCUUGUAUAUUAGACUAUGCUUCUACUUCGGACUUAGAAUGGACAUUACAAAUUCCUUGUAUAUUAGAAUAUGCUUCUACUUCGGACUUAGAAUGGACAUUACAAAUUCCUUGUAAAUUAGACUAUGCUUCUACUUCGGACUUAGAAUGGACAUUACAAAUUCCUUGUAUAUUAGAAUAUGCUUCUACUUCGGACUUAGAAUGGACAUUACAAAAUCCUUGUAUAUUAGACUAUGCUUCUACUUCGGACUUAGAAUGGACAUUACAAAUUCCUUGUAUAUUAGACUAUGCUUCUACUUCGGACUUAGAAUGGACAUUACAAAUUCCUUGUAUAUUAGAAUAUGCUUCUACUUCGGACUUAGAAUGGACAUUACAAAAUCCUUGUAUAUUAGACUAUGCUUCUACUUGGGACUUAGAAUGGACAUUACAAAUCCUUGUAUAUUAGACUCUGUUUCUAUGUUGGGACUGUUGAAGAACUAAAAGUCUAUCAGUCAAACCUUUUUGCUACUGGUGUACAUCUGUCUAGUCUUUGGUAUAUUUCCAAUAAUGUUGAAUUCAUAUUAUACCUCCAGGCAGCCCAUGAAGCGUAUAAGUUAUGCCGUCAAUUGCCCAGAGCCGGUACUUUUACCAGAGCCACCAAAUGUUCACAUGGAGACAAAUGAGCCAUUUUUCUACAACACAAUUCCCAAGAGACCUCUGAGCUUUGCUGUCAACAAGGAAUGGAUGUCAGAAGUACUUUUAGCCAAGAGGCUGGAACUUCAGAAACGUGAUGGGGGAAUCAAGUACAAUUAUAAGAAAUUUGCAUUUGUUUACUAGUCUCCCCUUCAAUGGUCCACUAGUCUCCCCUUAAUAUUCAGGGAUAUUUUUUUAAUUUAUCUUCUAAGUUCUUGUUCUUUCUUGUACAUGACGUUGGAUUUUUUUGUUUCAGGUUUCCAUGGUUUCAAUUGUAACUGUAACAUUUUAAGUUAGACUCAUAAGAUAGAAAAUAAAAAUCAUUGGAGGACAUGGAUUUUUUAUGAUCGAUACAUUUUAAUUCAUAUGCAAUACUUGUAAUAACUCGUAUCAAAUUUAUUGAUACAUGUGUUUUACCCGAGAGGCUUAAGGUAUGCUGACAUGCCCUAGCUAAAGUUGAUACAAAACACACAACAUUGAAUUUAAAGUUUUAGUUAUUUUAGAAGGCAAGGAGAAACUGCUGUUUCAUUGAUUGAGUAUAACACAAAACUAUUUAUCAUUCUGAUUCACGGGAUACAUCGUCUGAAAUCUCAAUCCUUACUUCUGCUCUUUGCUAUGUGAAGUCAAAAAACCUAAUGGGCAACUUAAGUUCUGUCAGGUCUUAGAAUUUAAAGGGAGAUAAUAACAAUACAUAUUUUGGUUGGGUCGUGAUUGCAGAUAGUAGCCCCCCCUUAAUUUAAAAAGUAAAAUUCUGUUUCGAGAGACUGCACUUGUGGCCCUGGCUAGGACAAACUUUUUAAGACAUGUAACAUUACCGCAUCCAUGCUUGUAGUUCUCUAUGUGGUUGGAAUUAUCAGGGUUGCUGGUCGUUAGAAAGACAAAGUUUGGAACAGUUGUGCAGUUUCAGAAUAUUAAGUUGUGUCCCCUUUUAAUGUUCUUGGCCACUUUUAGAAUAUUCAGUUGUGACCCCUUUUAAUGAUCUUGGCCACUUUUAGAAUAUUCAGUUGUGACCCCUUUUAAUGAUCUUGGCCACUUUUAGAAUAUUCAGUUGUGACCCCUUGUUCUUGGCCACUUUUAGAAUAUUAAGUUGUGUCCCCUUUUAAUGAUCUUGGCCACUUUUAGAAAAGCAAUCCACCAAAUUCUUUACUUGACUUUGGACCGAAUAAAAGUAGUUUAAUUUCCAAAAAAUCUUUGCAGUAUAGAUAUAUGUCUCUUAUGGACAGGUGUAUGUUGUGAUGGACAGCUGUAUGUUUGUCAUGGAAACUUUAUGUUGUGAUGGACAGCUGAAUGCCAGUCAUGGACAGACAUAUGUCAGCAAUGGACAACUGUUUGUCAAUAUUGAACAGCUGUAUGUCAGUCAUUGACAUAUGCAUGUCAAUAUUAGACAAAUAUUUGUCAAUAUUGGACAAUGUAAUGUCCAUGAUGGACAGCAGUAUGUCAUUCUUGCACAGCUGUAUGUCAGUCAUGGACAACUUCAUGUCAGUCAUGGAAAGCUGUAUAUCAGUCAUGUACAACAGUAUGUCAGUCAUGGACAGCUUUAUUUCAGUCAUGGAUAACUUUAUGUCAGUCAAGGACAACUGUAUGUCAGUCAUGUAUAGCUGUUUGUCACUAUUGGACAACUUUAUAUCUGUGAUGAACAGAUGUAUGUCAGUCAUUGACAACAUUAUGUCAUUCAUGGACAACUGUUUGUAAAUAUUGGACAAUGGUAUGUCCAUAAUGGACAGCAGGAUGUCAGUCAUGAACAGCUGAAUGGACAUACACAGCUGUCUGUUGCCUAAACUCUUGGUAGAAACCUUGAAGCUUUGAGGAUGCCUGUUCAAGUGGUUUCUCUGGCGAUUUGUUCCUACUUGAAGGAAUGCCUUCUUUCUUUGCUCUACUACCAGUGACUAGCGCCACGCAAUCACUCACGAUUUUUACUGUGUAGCUAGCUAGCUGUUGGUCAUUAUAUAUUUCAGUGGUUCUCAACCUGGGGGUCGCCACCCCUUGGGGAAGGGGUCGAAUGACAAUUUCACAGGAGUCACCUAAGACCAUCGGAAAACAAAUAUACUCUACAGUUAUGUAGUAGCUACGAAAAUAAUUUGUG